AUCUACCUCCAGUGCUCCUGUCAGUAAAACCAGAAUACGCAAACCCUCCUUCUAUCCUGAUCGCUCUUCGAAGUUGAACGGCCUCCCGUGAGCUAGUCGGCCUGGCAAUUCUUCCCUCCCUACGCAUCCCAUGGAUCUGAUCACAUCUCCCAUGAGCCUCGAAAAAUCAUGAGAGAUUAUGCCUGGAACACUCAUACCCCCGUGGUAUCAAUCCAUCACCCCGGUAUGCAGUGAUUUCGUCAUUGUGAGCCUCGUCUGGGGCAUCUCGCUAGGACUGAGCGGCUUUGCCGUCAUCCGCAUCGCGGACCAGACACGUAACCAAUACAGACGCCGGAAAAAGGUCACAUCGUACAUGGUCUUCAUAUGGCUGGAGUUAAUCGCAAGCACCGUCUUCGGCGGCGUGGGGUGGGGGUAUGUAACCGGGACAAUUCCACCCAGUUUCGAGUUUUUCUUCGGGAUAAUUAUCAUUUGGAUAGUUCAGGUCCACUGUAUCAUGCAAAUCAUCAUUAAUCGCAUUGCUCUCCUUGCCGUCUCCGAAGUCACUGUCCGUCGCCUGCGGUGGACGGUCUUUUCGAUUCUCGUCCUUAACAACAUUGCAGUCAGCUGCAUCUGGAUACCAGCUCGGUUACAAAUCAACCAGGAAUGGAUCCACCUCAACAAGAUCUUCGAUCGCUCCCAAAAGGGCAUAUUUCUUCUUAUCGAUGCUGGCCUUAAUUCCUACUUCGUAUAUCUGGUUCGGUCGUCACUCAUUGCAUAUGGCCUCAAGAAGUACGUCUUCUUGUAUUGGUUUAACAUAGCCAUGAUCUUGUUGUCAGUCUCAAUGGAUAUCUUGAUCAUUGGGAUGAUGUUUCUUCCCGAUAACUUCGUAUACAUCAUCUUCCACCCCUUAGCAUACCUGGUUAAACUUCACAUCGAGCUUUGCAUGUCUGACCUAAUCGCCAAGCUCGUAAAGAGCACCGGUAAUCAAUCUACGUGUGACUGUUCUUGCCACGUCGACAACCCCUACUUUCUCGGCCAAGACCUUGACUUGGCAAACCACACCGCACCUGCCGUGGUUCAGAGGGGUCACUAUGUCCGUGGCCGUAGAAGACACAUCCGCAACGCCUCUUGGCGUAGAACUAUGCGAUUCUUCAGCGUUCAGGAGGCCCGAUGGCAACAGGAUCCUGAAAUGCAGAGGGGAAGCGUUUCCACAGCAGGAGAGACGCUAUGUUCCAGAAGGCCGGCGUAUACGGAACGCUCAAAGUCCUGGGCUGGGCCGCAACCUACCCGCAAGGACUUGGGAUUUUGCCCUUCAAGCUUUGCAAGCAUGAACCGGAGUAAUGACUAUGACGAAGAAAACCAAGAUCAAUAGCGACAGAAUCUUAUUUAGUUCUACGGCAAUAUUGUCUAGUAGUUUAACACCGACAUCUACAAGUUCAGUCCCUGCAAUCGUCUAGGAAACCUUAAGUCGUUGUAUCCUAUGGAGCAACGGGAAAGCGAUUCUGAGGACCUCCAGUUCUUCAGAUGUAAAGCUACUCUGAGUGACGAAUUAUACGUCUUCAGUAGCAGG